AUGGGGAUCAACCAUGGCCACGAAGGCCCUGGCUGGGGGUUCCCCUGCCCUGGAGGAGACCACGGGGGUGCUGGAUGGUCAAUGGUCACUUUCCGGGUUCCACAGGGGCAUUUAAGUCAACCCCAAAGGGAAACUUACCAAAUUGGAGGCUGGUGUUGGGUGGGAGAUCGAACGACCAGGGAGAUGGAAGUACUUAGAAUCUUCUACUCUACCUUGAUAAAAACACAGUUUGCAAAAGGAAACCUGACAAAGCAUAUGAAAUCAAAAGCACACAUGAAAAAAUGCCUGGAGUUGGGAGUUUCCAUGACAUCAGUAGAUGAUACAGAGACUGAGGAAGCAGAAACUAUGGAAGACUUGCACAAAGUAGCUGAGAAGCAUAGCAUGUCCAGCAUUUCCACUGACCAUCAGUUCUCAGACGCCGAAGAAUCGGAUGGCAAGGAUGGAGAUGAUAACGAUGACGACAAUGACAAUGACGAUGACAUGACGAUGACUGAUGAUCAGGGAGACUUGACACCAAAGACAAGAUCGAGAAGCACUAGUCCUCAGCCUCCUAGAUUCUCCUCCUUGCCUGUGAACGUUGGCGCUGUACCCCAUGGGGUUCCUUCAGAUAGUUCCCUGGGGCAUUCUUCAUUGAUCAGCUAUUUGGUGACUUUGCCAAGUAUUCAGGUCACGCAGCUGAUGACCCCAAGUGACUCCUGUGAAGAUACUCAGAUGACAGAAUACCAGAGGUUAUUUCAGAGCAAAAGUACGGACUUGGAACCAGACAAAGACAGGUUAGACAUACCUAGCUGUAUGGACAAAGAGUACAUGCUGUCUUCAGAGCCGAGCUCCUCUCCAAGGGACUUCUCACCCUCAAGCCGCCAUUCCUCACCGGGAUAUGACUCUUCGCCCUGCUGAGAUAAUUCACCAAAGAGGUACCUGAUACCCAAAGGAGAUUUACCACCCAGAAUACAUCUGUUGCCCAGGAGAGAUCUGUCACCCCUGAGACAUCUCUCACCGAUAAAGGAAGCUGCAUUGAGAAGAGAGAUGUCACAGAGAGAUGUUUCACCCAGAAGGCAUCUGUCCCUGAGGAGGCCAGUGUCACCUGGGAAAGACAUCACAGCAAGAACAGACCUCUCUCCCAGAGAGAGAAGAUUCCUGACCACCGUAAGAGCACCAUCUCCCAGAAGGGCUUUACACCCAAACUCACCAUUAUCCAUGGGGUAGUAUUUGCAAGCAGAACCAAUCGUACUGGGGCCUCCUAAUUUAAGAAGAGGAUUACCUCAGGUUCCCUACUUCAGUCUCUAUGGAGACCAAGAAGGUGCUCAUGAACAUCCGGGCUCCAGCCUUUUCCCUGCGGGUCCUAAUGACUAUGUCUUCAGUCAUCUUCCACUCCAUUCCCAGCAACAAGUGCGAGCUCCUCUCCCCAUGGUGCCAGUUGGUGGGAUCCAAAUGGUUCACUCCGUGCCGCUGGCCCUCUCCGGUUUACAUCCUCCACCCACAUUGCCUCUGCCAGUGGAGGUCUCUAAGGAGAGGAAAAGAGCUUCAGGCGAGUCCUUUGCUAAGGAUCCCUGUGCUAUUUCAAAGCAGCAUGAGAAGGGAGCUCCUUACAGCUUGCAGUCAUCUGGUCCACCUAGCACACCCUCCUCUCCUCAGCUAUUGAUGAAACAGAGCACAUCAGAAGACAGUCUAAAUGCAACAGAGAGAGAACAGGAGGAAAAUAUACAGACUUAUACAAAAGCCAUUGCCUCCCUCCGGAUUGCCACAGAAGAGGCCGCUCUGCUUGGGGUGGAUCAGCCAGUGCAGGGGCAGGAGCCCCACCAGAAACCCUUGGAGAGUGCACAGGUUAGCAUGAGACACUUUAGUGGACCUGAGCCAGGUCAGCCCUGCACCUCAGCUGCCCACCCUGACUUGCAUGAUGGGGAAAAGGACAAUUCUGGUACAUCACAGACUGCAUUAGCUCACUCCACGUUUUACAGCAAGAGUUGUGUGGAUAACAAACAGUCGGGCUUUCAUGGCAGCAAAGAAUUAUCGUCAAGCACAGAGGAGGGCAAAGAGCCUGCAUCAGAAAAGAGUCAACUUACAUUGAUUGAAGAUUCAUGGAGACUGUCAUUUCCACAUUUGGCCGCAAAGGUGAUUCCCCAGGCCUACCUGGCCCUUAAUGCUCAUGACCAGAAUGAGACAAACCCCGUGUUCCUGGGCUCAGAUGGAUACAUGGUAAAGGAUUCUGCUCGGGUCACCAGCACACCACUUGUCUGGUCCCUAGUCAAGGGGAGUUCUGAUCAGGGAGGAGAGGAGGACCCUGAACUUGGUCUUCCCACCAAGUUAGGAAAGGAAGCUAAUAGUGGUCACAAGCCCCCAGACUGUAUUUGUCUUUCCCAGAAGCUAAUAGUGGUCACAAGCCCCCAGGCCAGAGAGUAUGCAGGUCCCUGCAAGAGGAGUAUGGCAGGGCAGGACACCGUGUCUGCAGAAGGGAGUACAGCCCUAAACUGGGAACCUGCCAUCCCCAUCAGUGACAAAGCUGUACUGAGACUGCACCCUGUAUCCUACUUACUAUACCUGCAGUGCUAG